AUGCCAGACACUGACUACGAGGUUCAUGAAUUUAUUGGGAGAGGCUCGUUUGGAGAAGUUUUCAAGGGUAUCAAGAAAAGUACAGGCGAGCUUUUCGCCUUCAAAGUGAUCCCAAUGGACGAUGCAGCGAACCUCGACACGAUCAUCGACGAGAUCCAGUUGUUAUCGAGACUACGAUCCCCCUACGUUACUCACCACUUCGAGACGUUUGUAAGAGAAUCAGACAUGUGGAUAGUCCUAGAAUUCUGCGGUGGUGGCUCGUGCGCAGACCUUCUUCGGUAUUAUGGCAGUCUUGAUGAGCAAGUGACAGCGUACAUCAUCCGGUCCGUGCUCCGUGGCCUUGCCUACUUGCAUGGAGAGAAGAAGGUUCACAGAGACAUCAAGCUGGGAAACAUUUUGCUCACCAAGAGUGGCAAGGUCAAGCUAGGAGACUUUGGAGUGAGUGGAGAGCUCACCUUCACCAAAACACGCCGCAACACCAUCGUCGGUACACCCUACUGGAUGGCACCCGAGGUGAUUCAGCUGUCACAGGCAGGGUACAAUUUCAAAGCAGAUAUUUGGUCCACGGGGAUCACCACAAUCGAGCUUCUUUGCGGGAACCCUCCCCACCACCACAAACCGCCCAUGAAAGCGCUUUUUGAGAUCCCGAGGGUAAAAGCACCUCUGUUGGACAAGGAGCCCUUCGACCCCCACACCAAGGACUUUGUGAGGCACUGCUUGAUGAAGUUCCCUGAAUACCGCCCCACAGCAGCACGACUACUCCAGCACCUGUUUGUUAAUUGCCAUCUCGGCGAAGCACCAUUGGUGGUGCUUAUAGAAGACAAGAACCGCAACAUGGAGGGCCUUACCACCAAGAGACCGUUGAGGCGAAAACCAAAGGCCCCACCGUCGCCCAUAGACUGGGUGCUAACUGCCAGCUCUCGAGAUUUGGUCUACAGCGAUGUCUGGCGCAACCGCUACAGCCAAAUGAUCUACGACAGUCUCACGAGAGUGUAUGCUCGUGCAAUUUAUGAUAGCUCUAAAGACACUGUCUACCGGCUUCGAGAGGACUUUAUCAAGGCCGAAGCAGAAAAUUGCGGCUUAAGUUACGCCAUCAUCGAGGAAUUGUGGUACGUGAUGUCGGAACAGGAGCGGGAGAGUAGUUGA